GUUAUUAGAAUUCAUACGAUUGAGUUUUUAGUUUACCUUUGCAAAUUACUUCUGCGAAUCCCUUUUAGAUUGCAAUCAUUAUCAAUUGCGGAACUGUAAAGCGAUUAUCGCUUUACUUUUUCCAUACAUCACCAGUUAAACGUCACUUUUCAUUCAAAAUGGAUAAAAUAGACGAAUAUUUCGAUGUCGCCUUAUCACUGGUUAAAUCCGCUGGAAACCUUAUAAGUGAACACGUAAGUGGCUGCAAAGUCUUCGAGAAGAAAUCCUGUGACAUCGACCUUGUUACAGAAAUAGAUAAAAAGGUGGAGGAGACGUUGAUUGGGGGCCUCUCGAAACGCUUCCCAGAUCAUAAGUUUAUUGGUGAAGAGUCAGUAGCUAGCGGAGUAAAAUGCGAGCUGACGGACGCCCCGACUUGGAUCAUCGAUCCAGUAGACGGAACUAUGAACUUUGUGCACGGUUUCCCGCACUGCUGCAUAUCCUUGGGCCUGGCAAUCAACAAGGAGUGUGUAGCCGGUAUUAUCUACAAUCCGAAUCUGCAGCAACUGUUUACCGCCAAGAAGGGUCAGGGAGCGUUUCUGAACGGCAGACAGAUACAUGUGUCGCAGGUUACUGAGCUGCGUAAUGCUCUCGUUGCAUUUGAAGUUGGCACAAGCAGAGAUGAGGAGAGAUGUAAAAUUGUGUUUGAGAACUUCAAGCAUGUUGUGAGCAAAGGUCACGGCCUGCGGGCGCUGGGCUCUGCUGCCUUGAACAUGGCAAUGGUGGCCAUGGGUGGAGCUGAUGCUAACUUUGAGAUUGGCAUCCAUGCAUGGGACAUAGCUGCGGGAGACAUUAUAGUGAGAGAAGCUGGUGGAGUGGUCAUAGACCCGGCAGGAGGACCUCUUGACUUGCUCUCACGCAGAGUCCUCUGUGCCAGCACUCCACAACUGGCCCAGGAAUUAGCCAAAACCCUGGUACAGUUUUACCCAGAAAGGGAUUAAAGAAUAUUCAAUUUAGCUAAAUGUAUAAUAAAUGUUCUGUGUUACUGCCAAAAAUAUUUAUGUACCUAAAACCUUAUUAAGUAUAUAGUAUACAGUUUAAGAAAAAAAGUAUUUUAUUUACUUAAUAAUUAACCUAUUUAAUGGGUGACCGUUUAGUGCAAUUAUACAUUAAGUUAUUUUUGUUUGUAAAUGUCAGCAAAUUGGACAGUACUUAUUUUUAUCUUUAGACUAUAUUUAGACAAACGUUUUCUGUGAUUUGUUUUGAUUCUCAUUAUUUAUUACUGCUAUAUGUUAUUUUCAGAAACAGGAAAGUUUGUGUCGCAAAUGUAAUCAUUGUAUGUUCUACUGUACAGUAUAACAUCUUUCAUAUUUGAUAAACAUAGCUUGUUUGAUAUUCAGAACAUGUCUGACUAAUAUUGCAUCAGUUAUGAAUCACAUUAUUAUUAUAUAAUGAACUUGCUUACGCAAGGAGAGUGUGUACCUAGGAUUUUGUACUUUUUGUAGUGCAGGAAUAUGUUUAAAUAUGCGACACAAUAGAGAUAUCUAUUACCUUAAAUAGAAGAUUAAAAAGGAGUGUCCGCAGAAUUAUGUCUAUUGAAAGAAAAAAAAUUGGUAUCAGUUUAAAAUAAUUUAAUCACAAUAUUUGAUGUAAUCAAUAAAUUAUCAAGAAUUAACUGAAUUGUCACGUUGAAAAGUGAUAAUAAAAUACAAUCAUGCUUGUAAAUGCUAUCAAUUUGAUUGGUUAACUUAUUAUACUGUGUGUACCUUAAACUAAUUUGUCUGUUAAUGUAAUCAUUCAUUUUAAUGUAUAAAAUAAGAAGUAAUUAUUUAUUGAUAACAAAUUAAAUGAAAUCUGCCAUUUAAUGGCCAGAAAACAAAAGGAAAAAUAUUGUGAAAACUUAAAUACCUACCUACUUAAGACAACUAGUAGGUAAAUUAAAAAGAAUAUAAAAACAUACCUAUUGGUAUAUUAAUGAAAUAUAAUUAUUUAUUAAUGUUUUAAUCUGAACAGUCUUUGUCAUUGUGCGAGUUGUCAGUCAGUUUGUCAGUACUUAUCUAAACUUUGUCAUGACGAGAUCUAGUAUAAAAAUGUUACUACGUAAUGUCAAGUAAAUAACCAUGAAGUUGAUGUCGUAAAUAAAAAUAUAUUUUGUCCUA